AUGGAAAAAUUCACUCAUCUGGAAGCUCUGCUGUUUACUGCUGUGCUGGAGAAUUGUGUCGAUCAGCUCUCAAUUCUCGGAUAUAUCAUGCCGGUUUCAUAUGAGGGCAAGACAGACAUCAGCCAUACUGGCAUCCAGGAAAUGACAGAAAUCAUAGAGACCCAGAAGGAGCUGGACAUUAACUACCAAAAGCUUAUGUCAGCAAGGCAAGGGAGUGGGGAAACAGUUACCUCCAUGUUUCUGCAAAGCAUCAAACACAAGCAGCAGCUGGGGAAAACUGAAGAUCUAAAAAGUACCCAUCAUCUUUCCAACAGGGCCAUGAAACACAGUGCUCUGUCUGUAGAGGACCUCAGGAAAAUUCAGGCUGACAGGCAGUAUGCAAGUGAUGUAAUUACAGUCACUAUGAGAAAGAUGCAGGAAUUGGGAACAUUUAAUAGCCUAACAGAAGCUAAUGAGAGAGAGAAGGCAAAAAAGAGCAAGUUUCAUGACUUCCUCAUCAGGGAGGAGGAAGGAAAGAAGGAGAUAAAGUCACUUGAGAAACAGCUGCAAGAUGUCAAGAAAGAAACAGAAAUAGAACUUCAGAACCGAGAUAAUAUGAUUGUUUACCUCAAAGAUGAGCUCCAAGAAAUGAAGGCCAAAACAGACAUGGAGAGCUGCUACAUGAAGAAAAGCACAGACCUCCAGGUCCACCAAACCCAGAAGAAGUGCAGCAAUGCAGAGAAUGUCCUCCACAAGGAAAUUCAGAAAUUAAGGAGCAAAACUGAUGAGGAGAUUCGAGUCCACAUGGAGAUUGAAAAUUUCCUCAGGCAACACUAUAAGAAGGUGGAAGAGAAGCUGGAAUACUGGGUGGACAAGUAUGAAAACGACACAGACGCUAAAGAUGAAGAACUGGAUGCCCUAAAAGCAUCAAAGGCAAACAACUUGGAAAUGCUGCAGAGACUUGCCAAGGAGUGCCAGACAUUCGAGGAAACCAUCAUUAGUGACCGGGCAGAAAAGGAGGCUAAAAGAAGACAACUAGAGCAGGAUGCCCUGGAGCUGAAGAGCAUCUUGAAGCUGCAGGCCUGGUGGAGAGGUACAAUGGUCCGCAGAAACCUUGGCCCCUACCAGACCCUCAGGAAGAUUUGGGAGAAACAGCUAUCAAAGCAGAAAGAAAAAGGGAAAAAGGAAAAAUCUGGAGCAAAGAAAAAGACACGAUAA